AUGUCCAACUUGCUCACGAUACCCUGCCAAUAUAUUUUUCAAGGAAAGUCAGCAGACAUGAAAUUAAGCUUUAAAUCUGAUUCGGAACGAAAAAGAACUAUGGAAAUUCUAUUACCCCGAUAUGGAAUGAUUCCUAUUGAAUUGUCAGAAGUGAUCGAUCAUAAAUUUACCAAAAUCAAUUCAGAAGGAAUGUUACUGUUGCGAGUACAAAUGAAUAUUAUUAGUUUAUCAAAUGAGAAUAAUGAAUUCACAACCAUUCCUCCUUCAUCAUCAAGUACAACGAAUCAAUCGUUGAAACCUCUCGUAAACUAUUUGUACAAUUUAAUGCAAAACAAAACCAAAGGCCAUGUGGUCAAGAAUGCCCUAGAAAGAAUUUCCAAAAUUGUGAAUCAACCAAUUUUCACUGGUGACCAAGUAGAAUUUGAUUUAAUUGUCACAGUGAGCGGAAAUUGGGAAACCUAUUCCAAAAAGUUUCUUGACAUCAUUGGAUCGUUUUCAAAAGUGGAAAACAAACCAGUGUUGUAUAGUAUUGGACGAGAGUUCUUCUUCGACAAAAGAGACGCCACAGCUAGCUUGAACGGAUAUUUGUAUCAGGUGGAUUUAACUGUAAAUUAUUGGCUCGAUACAUUGGACGAGGAGCAUAGUGACAAGUGUGUCAUGACUGAAUUUGGAGAGGACAUUGCUGUAUUACCAGUACAGUUUGUUUUGGAUAUUGAAAGAUUUUCUGGUAAUGGCUCCAUACCAGCGAGUUCCAAAACUGAUAGCACUCCAACCAUCCCACUCUUGAUAUUUGAACAGGCCAAGUUGUACAAAAAGCCAAUACCUUUUAACUCGGACAGCAUUUGUGACAUUUUAUUUAAUUAUUACACAACAAUGUCGAGAGCUGCACGCAUUCCCGCAAACAUUGUUUAUCGAUUAACUACAAGUACUCAGGUGGAAGGGUUAGAAAAAUGGAAAGCAUGCAACAACGAUUCUUCCGAAAUGUUGAAACAAUUAAUUACUCUUCAAGACGAGAAACGAAAGAACAACAAGGCGAAAGCACGAUAUAUGAGGGAGAAACAAGAAUGGGAAAAUUUCAAAAACUUCUGUGAACAAGAUUGGUCUACGGCAACAGCAUUUCUUUCACGAGUUGAGUUUAUCGAGAACAUGACUUGUGAAAAAGUGAGCCAAGAAAUUGAGAGAAAACUUUCCAAACACUACGUAUGCAGAAAUUUCAAAACUCUUAGCAAUUGUUUGUAUGGUUUUGUUAAAUCUCAGUUGUUGGAACAAAGUACUGCAAACGGAAAGCUUUCCAGGUCCAUGAUGUUGGAUCAACACAAGUUGAAACAGGUGAUCGACUCGAUUGUCACUGACUUUGCUUCACUGUCGAUGAGGUAA